ACACUCGCGCUUGGCUCACGGAAAACCUGUAUUCGCAACUAUUUUUCAUAUUUUUAUCCGAAGAAGCUCGUCGUGCAGUUUGCGGUUGAAUUGCACCGCGGGAACAUGCGAUUCAGCGAGAGAAGCGUUGCGAGCGACGGUCUCUUCGGGCACCUCAUCAGCUUGCGACGAUUGUUCGAACGAGUUGAUUCGGCGACGCACGCCUCAAAAGUGGACGAGAAGAGGCCUCGGCCCGAGUUACUCGCCGCUUCCUCGUAGCUCCGCGUGGGAACGAGAAAUUUUCAUUCGACGGAUCGUGGUUCGAGCACUUUUUCCCCCCAACAGCACUCGAUCGAGUUGCCGCGCGAGCUCGUACAGGCAGGGGGACUCGUGCCCCUCGGGAGGAAACGCGACACGAGAUUUCCGCGUUUUCUCUCACACAAGACUCGAAGCGCCGGGAUAAGAGCGAGGGGAAAAUAAAAUUCGCGCGGACGAGUCGAUCGAGAAGAGAAAUAUCGAAACUUCAUAAAUUCGGGACUCUUCACCGGUCCCGCAGAGAUGCUAGCCUCGAGCGGAUGCUGCCCGGAGCGACAGGUAGUUUUUCAGUUCCUCUACGGGACUCUGGCGGUCUCCUCUCUACUGGGACCGGGCAUGAGCAUGGGAUACUCCGCCAUCGCUCUUCCCUUGCUCAAAAACUCCGCUGAGCAACCCAUUUUGAGGGAAAACGAGGCCACGUGGUUCGCCUCGAUAGCCAUGAUAUCAACCCCAGUCGGAUGCAUUGUGAGUCUAUUCACCAUGAAGGCUGGACGACGCGCGGCCAUUAGUUGUUCUGGAAUAGUUUGUUCGGUGGGAUGGAUUAUAAUUGCGACCAGUUACACCGUUACACAACUGCUCUUUGGCAGAUUCGUAACUGGAUUCGCGACUGGACUCGCAUCGACUCCGGCGUGUGUUUAUCUCGCUGAAAUUUCAAUUCCACGAUACACAGCGAUGUUGACGACGUGUUCCAGUCUUUUUAUAUCGAUUGGAAUAAUGCUCAUAUAUUUUUUAGGUUUUAUUAUAAAAGACGACUGGCGAAUGGUGGCAGUAGCGUCGGUUAUUGUCCCGACGCUAUCAGCUGUUCUAGCCUUGGCCGUGAUGCCUGAAAGUCCAAGAUGGCUGUUGACGAAGGGCCGAGAAGAGGAAGCUCGAAAGUCACUGCUUCGUCUCCGAAGUCUCGAGCACGAGACUGCCAAUUUUCGGGAUGAAUUUGACGCGUUGCUACGCUACAAUGAACCGAAAUACGAGAUCGAAAUGUCGAGCCCCGACAGCACGAGAUUACCGACCAUCGAGUGUGAAAAGAGCGGGAAUAAAGUGUCAACGAAAUCGUACAGAUUGAAAAACGAAUUACGAAACGAUUUGGGUGUUUCCGGAAGAGUUAAAAAAUUCGUUAAAACUCUUGGUCUACCUGAAAUUUGGAAACCCCUCGUUAUCCUCAACGCUUUCUUCUUUUUUCAACAAUUUUGCGGAAUUUACGUUCUCAUGGCUUACGCUGUUGAUCUUCUCGAGAAAACCGGCUCUGCGAAUGAUCCCUAUUUAAUUACAGCUGUCAUCGGACUCGUACAAAUCGGCGGAGCUUUUUGCCUCGUUCUUACGAGCUUCAGACUUGGCAGGCGACCUGUAACUCUGAUUUCCGGAUCAGGAAUGACAAUUUCUCUUGCUGGCCUCGGAAUAUACAACCAAUUGUUUGAAAAUACACUGUUUUCACAAAUUCCACUCACUUGUAUUUUCGUAUUUGUGGCUUCCGGUUCUUUCGGAUUUCUGGCCCUGCCCUGGGCAAUGAUCGGUGAACUAUUUCCUACGAGAUACGUUAACGUUUUGGGGCCUACGACAACGUGCCUCGCGGGGCUUUACAAUUUCGCGACUGUUCAAAUUUAUCCGAGUUUAGCGGAAUUCGGUCCGAUCGUUAUGAUUUAUACGUAUUGCGCAAUUUCUCUAUUGGCAACUCUUUUCGUUGCAUUAGUUUUGCCCGAAACUUUGGGAAAAACGAAAGAGGAGAUCGAGCGAGGUUUCCGAAAUCGAUCUCAGUGAAACAUGAAAAUGCUUUUUACAAAUAAACUUGAAGAAAAAAAAUACAAAAGAUGAAAAAAG